AAACGCACAGCCGUUUAGCAGUUUCUGCCUGCGCUUCUUUGUUCUCUGUUGUGCUUUCCUUCACUGGCUACCUUACUUCUCUUUCUCACCGGAAAGCAAUAACGACGGUUCUAUCAGUUCCAAAGUUUCACUAUGCUUUCAGGUUCAACCACUGGGAGUUACUCGCAACUUAGAGUCGCACAUUUCCACAAAAGGCCAGUUCCAGGUUUGAGAGGAGGGAAGCUGCAACCUUCUAAUGCAAGGUUCUCUCUGAAGUAUAAAGUUUCCUGCAAACUUACUGAGUUGGGAGAUGAUUCAUGCUCGUCAAAGGAACUCGAAAAGAGUAAACCUUUGGUUAAGAUGUGUGGCAUUACAUCAGCUAAAGAUGCUGCUAUGGCAGCCGAAGCUGGUGCAAAUUUUAUUGGAAUGAUUAUGUGGCCAAACUCAAAACGUUCUGUUUCACAUUCUGUUGCAAAGGAGAUAUCAAAAGUUGCAAGAGAUUAUGGAGCAGAGCCUGUGGGAGUAUUUGUGGAUGAUGAUGCAGACACAAUAUUAAGAGCUUCUGAUGCAUCGAACCUUGAAUAUGUGCAGCUCCAUGGAUAUGGUUCUCGGGUAGCUUUUCCAUCUUUAAUUCAGGAAAAUCAUGUAAUAUAUGUUCUACAUGCAAAUGGGGAUGGGAGCCUUUUAAACACAAUUUCUGAUGAAGAAUGUUCUCUAGUUGAUUGGCUUCUUGUAGAUAGUGCAAAGGGUGGCAGUGGCAAAGCAUUCAAUUGGGCCCAGUUUAAACUACCAAAAAUCAGAAGCAAGUAUGGUUGGCUCUUAGCAGGAGGGAUCAAUCCUGAGAAUGUUUCUGAGGCUCUAUCUACUCUCAAACCUGAAGGGGUGGAUGUCAGUAGUGGCAUUUGUGCAUCAGAUGGCAUCCAGAAGGAUCAAUCAAGAAUAGCUUCCUUCAUGAAUGCAGUGCAUUCUGUUCAGUAUUGAUUCACCUUAAAUUAUUAUGAACCUCGAGAAAGGAAAUGUUGUAAUUAACCACAUAAUGUCUUGUUACAGUUUUCUUUUCUUGUACCAAAAAUUGAGAUCUACAUCAAACUUAAACCAACAAAGCUGAAUUUGAAAACAAAAACUGGUGGACAUGAGACACGAGUUGUGGCUCA